ACAGGAAGUUGUAGCAGCUGCCAUGUUUAGCUGCUUUGUUGUAGAUUUCUUGUAGGUUUCCUGCAGAUUUUUAAGUGUUGCAAUGGAACCGAGCUGGAGUUCGUUUUUAUUUCAGCAGGCCAAUGAGGCGUUGCACCACCACCACCACCACCACCACGUGUCGCAGAACAGCCUGCUGCCGCUGCUCAACUCCGCGUCGGAGCCGCCGGACCAGAAGCCCAUAAUGCCCAUCCUUCUGGACCAGAAGCCCCCGGUCAGCGCCGCCGACCUGCUCAAGGACAACGUGGCCAGCGGCGCGGGCGGCGGCGGCGGUGGCGGAGGGGGAGGCGGGGGCGGAGGAGGGGUCCACCACCCGGUGGUCGUGAAGAAGGAGCCCAAAUCCAAGACGCCGUUCGUCUGCAGCUACUGCAACAAGGCCUUCCGCGACAGCUACCACCUGCGGCGGCACGAGUCCUGCCACACGGGCAUCAAGAUGGUGUCGCGGCCCAAGAAGAGCCCCACCGCCUCCGCCUCGGCGCCGCCCACCAUGGUGCCGCUCGUCUCCGCGGUGACGCGCGACGGCGGCGGCGGCCAGUACGUGUCCACCAUCGCGGGCAUGCUCACCACGGCGACCACCUCCGCCUCCUCGGCCACCAGCAUCAUGAGCCCCAUGGCGCACCACCAGCAGCACCACCAGCACCACCAGCAACAACACCAUCACCAGCAGCAGCAGCAGCACUCCCAGCAGCAGCAGCAGCAGCAGCAGCAGCAGCAACAACCGCAGCAGCCCAAGAAGACCCCGAAGCCGGUGAAGAAGAACCACGGCUGCGAGAUGUGCGGCAAGGCCUUCCGCGACGUCUACCACCUCAACCGCCACAAGCUCUCGCACUCGGACGAGAAGCCGUUCGAGUGCCCCAUCUGCCAGCAGCGCUUCAAGCGCAAGGACCGCAUGACCUACCACGUGCGCUCCCACGACGGCGGCGUUCACAAGCCCUACAUCUGCUCCGUGUGUGGCAAGGGCUUCUCCAGCAAGGACCGCAUGACCUACCACGUGCGCUCGCACGACGGCGGCGUGCACAAGCCCUACAUCUGCGCCGUCUGCGGGAAGGGCUUCUCCAGACCCGAUCAUCUCAGCUGUCACGUGAAGCACGUCCAUUCCACAGAAAGACCUUUCAAAUGCCAAGUAACAGCCUGCACGUCUGCGUUCGCCACCAAAGACCGCCUGCGCUCGCACAUGAUCCGGCACGAGGGCAAGGUCACCUGCAACAUCUGCGGCAAGAUGCUCAGCGCCGCCUACAUCACCAGCCACCUCAAGACGCACGGCCAGCAGACCAGCUUCAACAACUGCAACAAAGACUCUAACGACGUGUGCAAUUCUGCCUCCGCUACCCCUGUCUCCACCUCCGUGGCCAUCACCACGGCGAUGAACCGCGGCAACCUGAUCCCAGGCAACGCGGUCACCAUCGCGGCGCAGAUGAACAUCAGCACCAACACCGUGAGCCUGCAGCACCCGGUCACCAUCACCGGGCCGGUGAACAUCGCCUCGGUCAACAUCCCCACCACCAUGAGCCUGGCCCACCCCGUGGCCAUGAACAUCGCCGGGCCGCUCAACAUCGCCAUGCGCUCCAUGGACAGCAUGCCCUUCCUCUCCCAGGUCCUGCCUUCCUCCCCACCCUGGUAGGCCCAGGCCAGGACCGGCCACGCCUUCCUCUUCUGCAGCCGGCCAAUCCCUGUGAUGAAUGACCCUUUCCUGUCCCGCCUCUUCCCCCGAUCAUGUUCCUUUUGAAAGCCCAGCGUCUUCCCUGAUACCUACUACCAUCCCCACUCCCCACCGCCCGCUCAACUAACCCCAUCCCCACCUACCUACAUUUUGAAGGAGACCUCGGCCGGCCGUGCUAGCCACACUAGCUGCCAGCGCAGGUACGCAAGACGGGAGAAGGAACAGAGCAAAAACAGAAGAGAAAGGAAACGAAUAAAUGGACUGAGAAAAAAAAAACAUUAGCAUGAGCUGUGGAAGUUUUUUUUUAUUUUUAUUUUUUUCUGACACCACACGCCGCUUCCUCACAGCACCCAGAUCAGUUAACCGUGCUCACCAUCUCCCUCACCACUGAAGGACACCAAGACUCCAGUCUGCGCCCAAAUCUGUGAAGAAACACAGCGGUAGAAGAGUGACAGAUUCAGCUAACACAGACGGGAAAAAAAGUGAGAGCUACAAUUUUUGGUUGUUGGUGUGUUUUUUUUUUUUUUUUUUUUUUUAAAACUGCUCUUGCAUCAAACGGUUAGAUUUGUUUUUGUUUGAUUUUGUUUUUUUAUUAUUAUUAUGUAGGUUGCUAAUCAGUAUUUAAUAGUUUUUUAAGGCAUUUUAUGGAGUAAACUACACAAAAAAAGGGACAAAAAAGGCUUCCAUUUGUGGGAAGAGUUUUUUUUUUUGAGAAUGCUUUGUAGUAGUUAGGAAGGGAUUGGGUGGGGCGGGGGGGAUUGAACUCUAUUGAAGCGGGGUGAAAGUGGCUUUGGACAUCUCUCGCCUUUGACUGUGAAAAAGUCAAACUCUGUCCAGUCCGCUCGCCUCUGCUUGUAGCUUUUUACACACACAAAAAAACUUUACACUUCUGGAAGGAAUCAUUCCAGAGCAUAGGAUGACUUGUACUGUAGAAUUUUUUUUCUUUUUUUUUUUGUUCAUUAUUGGAGGAGGAUUGUUUGGGAUGUGUGGUGUCCUGAUAUUGGAUGUGUACUAUAGUGACUAUCUAGGACUCGACCUAAUGCUGGAUGUGUACUAUAGUGACUAUCCAGGACUCGACCCGAUAUCCCACUGGUGAAAUCUGUGACGAAAGGGCAGUAUUAUCAAAGAUCAAAUCACACCUUAAAGUGUUGAUUUAAAA